CAGAAGCAUUUCUGUUAACUCUCCGAGAUGUCGCUGGUGUUCAGAAGCGUUAUAUAGCAUGCGCAGUGAUAAACAGUACCAGGCAUUCGGAACUUUUGAAACGCGAUUAAUAUUUGUAAAAAUUUUUAGUAAUUGAACUCAAACAGGAGGAAAAAAAACAAAUUUGAAUUAUUCCAGCAGCAAAAAACACAAAAGGAGGACUAGAUAUUAUUUUAUAAUUUACUAAAAAAGAUGAAAGCAGCCUGGCGACAAGACCUUCCGUGUUUACUUGUAUGUAUUUUUUGUGCAUGUGUAACUCAUGGCAUGACUGUGGACUUUUCAAGAUUAAGGAAACCAUAUCUUCUACCAAAAAGAGCAGAUUUUCUACCAAAAAGAGCAGAUUCGUCAAAUCCGUGCCCACCUGAGUCCCCCUUUCUAUGUCGGUCCCCCAGGCAGAUGUGCAUAGCUCUAGGAAAUAUAUGUGAUCGACAACCAGACUGCCCAGAUGGAUUUGACGAAGAUCCACAAAUGUGUAAUGCCAGAAACCGACCUUCAAAAGAAGAACUUGAGAAUUUUUUGAUUCGAAAUGAAGAUUGGAUGCUUCCUAAAUUGUUUAAUGGAGCUUCUGCAGAAAUUGUAGCGCAUGCCUUAGUCGUAUCACCAAAUCUGAGGGAAUUGGGUGAAAUUGUGGGAUUAGGCGAUAAAGAAGAUAACUUACGUAAAGCUUUUCUAGCAGUAAGGGAGGGAGACGAGAGACCUUUACUUAAAAUGGGUAUGCCGGAAGAGGAAUGGUAUGACGUCCAAGACUACCUUAACAGAGUCAUAGAAGGCGGACUGGAGGUGUCAUAAACCUGGACAAUAGACAAAAUGAACUCAAACCAAACUCAAUACUAGGUUCUGCAUCCUUUUUUCAUCAUUUAGGGAACACAUUAAUUUAUUUCUUGUAUUUUGGCUCGUAGGCUCAUAAGCACGAACGCUGAAAAUGCUUUAUUUCAUUACAUCCAUGGUCUUUUUUUGUUAUCAGAGUUUUAAGCAAAGUAUAAUAUAAUUUUAUACAUCUGUAUCUAUAUUUUAUGAUUACAUCGUUAAAAUGCAUUUACACACAUAUAUGAUAUAUAUAAAUAUAUAUUUUUUGUUCAA